UUUAUUAUUAUAUUUUUUUUGUUUUAUUGUUUUUGUUCUAAUUCUCUUGCUCUCACAGCACGAAUGAGAGAAGCUCCAGCUGAGCCAAAAGCUCAUUCGACCAAGCACAGUGACUGAUGAUGCAUAGCAAUCAGAUUAAAUGUGGAUAUCAACAGCAAGAAUUUUGAUAAUAAAAGUGAAUGCGCCGAUCUAGUAUAAUUAUUUUGAUAUGAACAUGCUGAUAAGAUAUAUACACAAACUGAUUUGUAUGAUAAGCGACUGCUGCCUGCUGCCUUGCUGUCUCUGACUGCAAAUCUGUAUGAAUGGAAACAAGACGCACGCCGUCCGAGCCGUCUUUCAUGUCUAACGAACAUUGCUCUGGGCUAUGCAACAUACAUGCAACAUGAGGAUGGAGUUGGAGAUGGAGUUUGAGUUGCAGUUGGAGUGGGAGAGUGGCAGCGCCCAAUUGAUCCCCCGUCCCGGGCCCAGCUAGUGCCAUCAUCUCGUAUAAAAGCUCGGCCAGUGACUGUUUUUGGGUUUAGAACAAAUGCAGCUGCUCACGCAUGCGGACUAACGCGAAAAACUCAUUUAAUACUUUACUUUUUUUUUGAAGUGUUGUGCUCUAUUGUGAUAUCAGUGCUAGCCGGCUCAGGACACUCACACACACACACACACACGCAUACACACAUACACACAGGAUAUUCGAAGAGUGCGCGAGUUUUGUGUAUUUCGAAAACCGAUCGAAAAUGUGGCAAUAUUUUGUGCUCAUCGCCGGCCUGUGCAUUCUGCAGUCUUUACCGACCAGUGGCUUUUGGUGGCCCAAGACGACUACGGAAACACCUCGCACGCAGGUGCUGCAACAGAUCCCGCUCACCUAUUUCCGCACCUACACGUAUCAGCCGCUGACGGGCGGUCCCUUUGGUGUGCCCCUCUUUGGGUUUGGUGCGGCACAGACGCCGUUGCUCUCUGGCCGCCCUUACGAUCCGUAUGCGGUUACCAGCUAUGCGGCAGCACGGCGACACGAUGUUGCUGCUCCAGCUACAGGCUACAAGCCGGACGUGACGCCACCCAGUCUGGCGAUUAGUACAACAACGCCAGUGCCGAGCACAACAACUACAACGACGACAACAACACCGGCACCAACAACAACCACAACAACGACAACAACAUCAACGAGUCCACCACCGCCGAGCAGCAGCACAGAAUCAGGAACAGUCGCAUCAUCGCUGCGCUUUGGCGAAUACAAUUCAGAAUAUCCGACAUAUACUCGCCGUGUCAACAACUUCUACAAUGCUCGGCCACAGUAUCCUUAUCCGGACUACUUCAACUACCAGCAGCCAAACACGCUGUCGGAGAAAAGCGGAUCGCGCAUUCAGUUCGUUCCCUGCAUGUGUCCCGUCAGCAUGCCCAGCAUGUCAGCCAUGUCUGGACUGGGGAUGAGCAGUGCCACCAGCACGGACCGCGACAGGCCAGUGAGCAUCUCCAUUAGCAGCAGCCAGCCUGUCGUUGGGGUGAAGGGAGACGUGCCGUCCUUGCAGGCGCGCCACAUUGAUAGCGAGGAAGCUGACCUGGACGAGAUGGAUGACGAGGAUGAGGAGGAUCAAGCAGCAGCAGCCGAUGCCUCCUCAUCAGCUGAAGCGGACGAUGUUGCCGUUGUGACAAAGCUCACCCUCGAGCCGCAAUACACCACACCCGCCGUUGAGUCCAACAGUGUCGUCUAGUUGCGCCCCGAUCGCGCCCCAACAUAGUAUUAACUACGUCUAGACUGAUUUGUGCUGCUCCCAUGAAGAGAAGGAGACCCAGUUCCGACGACAGUUUGGCAUUUCCCCCUCUUUUUUUUUUUAUUUGCCCAAAGUA